CACCCUUGACAAAACCUUGACUACGAUUCAAUCACGGCAAGAGCGGGAGAAGUGAACGCAGAUGACUACAGCAUUACUGCAAUACUGAUUUUUCCACCUUCUCCCGAGAGCGAGAGAGAGAGAGAGAGAGAGAGAGAGAGAGAGAGAGAGUGCAUAUGUGAGGCGACUAUCAACAGGAGCGAGCAUCAUUUUCCACAAAGGCGUGUUGACAUGGUUCUUGAAUAUGAACGGGUUUCAAGAGCGGACUCAAUGAGUGAAGCCCAUUCCUCUGCGGAGUAGACUGAGGUGAUCGCAUUCCAGUGCUGCUGGAGAGGACGCAGUGACAGCGGAUCUGUCUAAUCAACGGACAUCGACACGCAUCCUCCACGGGGCACUCAGCUUGAUUCCUCUGCCAUCCAGGGCAAAAUGCGUCUGGUUCUGUUCGCCUUCCUCAUCUCGUGCUCCUGUGCGAGAGGCGGAUGCGAACCCAAGACUGUGAAUAUCGGGGCUGUCCUGAGCCAGAAGAGAUAUGAACAAGUGUUCAAAGACGCUGUCACCCAAGCCAACAACAUGUACGGCAAAGAUAAGUUCAAGAUGAACGCUAUUUCAGUCACCCAUAAGCCAAACGCUAUCCAGAUGGCACUCUCCGUAUGUGAGGAUCUCAUCUCUAACCAGGUGUAUGCGAUCUUGGUGAGCCACCCACCCCAGUCCAACGACCAUCUGACUCCCACUCCAGUGUCCUACACAGCUGGUUUUUACCGUAUCCCUGUAGUGGGCCUCACCACCCGCAUGUCCAUCUACUCUGAUAAGAGCAUCCACCUCUCCUUCCUGCGCACGGUGCCACCCUAUUCCCACCAAGCCCAAGUGUGGUUUGACAUGAUGCGUGAGUUCCAGUGGAAUCACAUCAUCCUGAUUGUGAGUGAUGACCACGAGGGCAGAGCAGCACAAAAAAGACUAGAAACCCUGCUGGAGGAGAGGGAGACGAAGAGUAAAAACAGGAACUAUGAAAACCUCGACCAACUGUCCUUUGACAACAAGCGAGGACCCAAGGCAGAGAAAGUGCUCCUGUUCAGCCAAGACACAAAUCUGACGGCUCUGCUCCAGGAAGCCAAAGAGCUAGAGGCCCGAGUUAUCAUCCUUUCUGCAAGUGAAGAUGAAGCCGCAGCCAUUUACAAAGCGGCACGCCAGCUCAAUAUGACAGGUUCUGGUUAUGUGUGGCUGGUUGGAGAAAGGGAGAUGUCUGGUAAAGCACUGAGUGAAGCCCCAGAUGGCUUGCUCGGCCUUCAGCUUAUCAAUGGCAAGAACGAGUCUGCGCACAUCUACGAUGCCGUGGCUGUGGUGGCCCAGUCCAUUCAGGAGCUCUUUGAGAAGGAGAAUAUCACAGAGCCUCCUCGAGGCUGUGUUGGCAAUACAAACAUCUGGAAGACUGGCCCACUCUUCAAACGAGUGCUGAUGUCAUCCAAGUAUCCAGAUGGCCUGACAGGCCGCGUGGAGUUUAAUGAUGACGGAGACAGGAGGUUCGCCCACUACAGCAUUCUGAACUACCAGAAAACCCGGCUGGUACAAGUGGGCGUCUACAAUGGCUCGCAAGUUGUAAUGAACACUCAGAGGAAGAUUAUUUGGCCAGGAGGAGAGACUGAAAAGCCAAAAGGGUAUCAAAUGUCAACAAGAUUGAAGAUUGUCACCAUUCAUCAAGAGCCCUUUGUCUAUGUGAAACCAACACUACGAGAUGGAACAUGUAAGGAAGAGCACACUGUAAAUGGAGUCCUGAUCAAAAAAGUGAUCUGCACUGGCCCUAAUGAGACCAUUCCAGGUCGCCCCAUAGUGCCUCAGUGCUGCUAUGGGUUCUGCAUUGACCUUUUGAUCAAACUUGCAAUGACAAUGAACUUCACCUAUGAAGUGCAUCUAGUGGCUGAUGGCAAAUUUGGCACUCAGGAGCGUGUAAAUAACAGCAACAAGAAGGAGUGGAAUGGCAUGAUGGGAGAGCUCCUGAGUGGCUUGGCAGACAUGAUUGUGGCUCCACUUACAAUCAACAAUGAACGAGCCCAGUAUAUAGAGUUCUCGAAACCGUUCAAGUACCAGGGGCUCACAAUACUUGUCAAAAAGGAAAUACCACGCAGUACGCUGGACUCGUUCAUGCAGCCUUUUCAGAGCACUCUGUGGUUACUGGUGGGUCUAUCGGUCCAUGUUGUGGCGGUGAUGCUCUACCUAUUAGACCGUUUCAGCCCGUUUGGAAGGUUUAAAGUAAAUAGUGAAGAGGAAGAAGAAGAUGCCCUCACCUUAUCCUCUGCUAUGUGGUUCUCCUGGGGUGUACUUCUGAACUCCGGCAUUGGAGAAGGUGCCCCUCGGAGCUUUUCAGCAAGGAUUUUAGGUAUGGUGUGGGCUGGUUUUGCUAUGAUUAUAGUUGCAUCUUAUACUGCCAAUUUGGCAGCCUUCCUAGUGCUGGAUCGGCCUGAGGAGCGCAUUACCGGCAUCAACGACCCUAGGCUGCGAAACCCAUCAGACAAGUUCAUCUACGCCACAGUGAAGCAGAGCUCUGUGGACAUUUACUUCCGGCGCCAAGUUGAGCUAAGCACCAUGUACCGCCACAUGGAAAAGCACAACUACGAGAGCGCUGCUGAAGCCAUCCAGGCCGUGCGAGACAACAAACUCCACGCGUUUAUAUGGGAUUCAGCAGUGUUGGAGUUUGAGGCCUCGCAGAAAUGUGACCUGGUCACCACAGGCGAGCUGUUUUUCCGCUCUGGAUUCGGUAUCGGGAUGCGUAAAGACAGCCCAUGGAAGCAAAAUGUCUCACUAGCCAUCCUCAGUUCCCAUGAGAAUGGCUUCAUGGAGGACUUGGAUAAAACCUGGGUCCGUUAUCAGGAGUGUGACUCCAGAAGCAAUGCACCAGCCACGCUCACUUUCGAGAAUAUGGCAGGCGUGUUUAUGUUGGUGGCUGGUGGUAUCGUUGCCGGGAUCUUCCUCAUCUUCAUUGAGAUUGCAUAUAAACGACACAAGGAUGCGCGCAGGAAGCAGAUGCAGCUGGCUUUUGCAGCAGUUAACGUCUGGAGGAAGAACUUACAGGAUAGGAAAAGUGGUAGAGCAGAGCCCGACCCCAUAAAGAAAGCCUCUUUUAGGUCCAUCAGUACCAACCUGGCCUCCAACAUCAAGAGACGUAGGUCGUCCAAAGACACGCCAUAUCCUACGGACAUUACCGGCCAGCUCAACCUGUCAGACCCCUCUGUGAGCACAGUGGUGUGAACGUGGAGAGAGAAAGAGAAUUUGACUGGCAGAAAGAAAGAGAGAGAGAGAGAGAGACUGGAAAAGCAGGAGGCGGUGGGCUCUGAAACAGACCGCUUGAGACAACAUCUUCAGCACCGUCAUUUGAGCAAAAUCCACCCCAUCUCAGCAUAUGCACGCUGGAUAUGAAACUUUCAUGAACACACUGUGCCAGAUUCAACCACACACUGGAACAAAUUCACACUGCCACACAGUUCACACUAGACCAACACACUCACUCACACACACAAAGUGCUUCACUUU